GAGAGAGAGAGUAUUAAAAAUUCAAUCACUAAGCCCCAAAAGCCAACAGUGUUAAAUUAAAAUAACCACAGAAAGCCUAUGAUCCUAUAAUAAUAGAAAAAUAGAGAGAUUCUUUUCCCACCAAGCUUACUGUUUCGUAUUUCCUUUUGUUUUGUCUGUAUGUUGAUGAGGAUACAAGUACGACAAAUGAAGAAACGAAAGACAAAAGAUGAGAACACAAAUCACAAGACCUACAUGCAGAAUCUAAUUAAAGGCUUACCAAGCUUACUGUUUCGUAUUUCCUUUUGUUUUGUCUGUAUGUUGAUGAGGAUACAAGUACGACAAAUGAAGAAACGAAAGACAAAAGAUGAGAACACAAAUUACAAGACCUACAUGCAGAAUCUAAUUAAAGGCUUAGAUGAUUACAAAGGAGAAGAUGAGAAACCCAGUUGAGCUAAAAAGCCUCCGGUGACUAGACUCUCUCUCUCUCUCUGAAGCCUAAUAAUGGACCAAGUCCAGCACAAGUUCGUGGACGUAGGAGGACUAAAGCUUCAUGUAGCUGAGAUCGGAACUGGUCCUAACGUGGUGUUGUUCCUGCAUGGAUUUCCGGAGAUAUGGUAUUCAUGGCGCCACCAGAUGAUAGCUUUAGCAAAUGCUGGGUUUCGAGCCAUCGCGCCCGAUCACCGAGGAUACGGACUAUCCGACCCGCCGACCCAACCAGAUAAGGCUUCCUUUGCUGACAUUCUUACUGACCUCCUCAGUCUUCUCGAUGCCCUUCAAAUCGCUAAGGUUUUUCUUGUUGCAAAGGACUUCGGAGUUUGGCCUGCCUACCUUCUGGCAGUUCUCCACCCAGAGAGGGUCUUAGGGAUGGUAACAAUAGGAGUACCUCUCAAGCCAAAACGCUCUACAUUCCAUCAAUACCUACCGGAAGGAUUCUACAUUUCAAGAUGGCGGGAACCCGGACGAGCAGAAGCUGAUUUCGGACGCCUCGAUGUUAAAACAGUUGUGAGGAACAUUUACAUCCUCUUCUCCAGAAGUGAAAUACCAAUGGCUGCUGAAAACCAGGAGAUCAUGGAUUUAGUAGACUUAUCUACUCCUCUUCCCCCUUGGUUCACAGAGGAGGAUCUCGCAACAUAUGGAGCUUUGUAUGAGAAAUCUGGAUUCCAGACUACAUUGCAAGUACCAUAUAGGUCAUCAGGUGACGACCCCAACAUAACAGAUCCAAAAGUUAAAGUACCAGUGCUUUUGAUUAUGGGUGGCAAAGAUUACAUCCUCAGAUUUCAAGGGAUUGAGGAUUACAUAAACAACGGAGAGAUGAAAGAAUUGGUCCCCGAUUUGGAGAUUAAAUUUUUGCCUGAGGGAACCCACUUUGUUCAGGAGCAAUCACCUGAUGAGGUGAAUCAGCUGAUUCUCACCUUCCUUGCCAAGAAUGUUUGAUCAUGGAAAUCUCAACUACGGUUAUUGGCAUGUAGUUUGCCCAAAGUUUGGCCUGAGUUUUUAUGUGUGUAAAUUUCAAAUCUGAAGGACGGUAGUGUAAUAAUAAUCAAGCAUUUCAAGUGUGAUAUAAAAAGCCUAAAACUCUGAGUUUCGUGUGGCGUGUAAUGUAUGUUUCUAAAUGCUAUGUCUGUGUACACAUU